CUCGUUCCAGUGGCCGUGUACUACAGCCGCCGCCGCCGCUUCCCAGCCAUGGGCGCCGUCUGGUCCGCCCUGCUGGUCGGAGGAGGUCUAGCGGGAGCGCUUUUCGUGUGGCUGCUGCGGGGAGACCCCGGGGAUGCGGAGCCGCGGAAGGGUGCGCCUCCUGGGGAGGCUUCAGCUCCCGGAGGCCAUCAGGAUGGCGGCGGCGGCGGGCUGAGUCCAGGGCUAUGCAAGCAGGAGCUGAUCACCAAACCAGAGCAUCUGCAAGAAAGCAAUGGACAUUUGAUUUCUGCAAGCAAAGGCCUGGAUAACCUGCAGGAAGCCAUGUGUGCACAGAAGAAUCUGUGUGGAGCAGAUGGGAACAAAACAAGACAGCAUUGCCCUGCUGCACAGAUUCUAGACACACACACGCUAGCUGCUUCUGAGACUGGUAACUCUGCAGGUUACUCUGAAGCUUUGAGAAAUAAAAGCCUUGAAUCUCAUGGAGAAGAACGGAGCUUCCAAAAAGGACAAAUGACACCUGCUAGUGCAGCUACCUGUUUUGGAAAGAAGCUGUCCUCUAGUGACCUGCCUGUGGACAGAGUUGGAGUGAGCCAUGCACAGCUGGACAGUCAGGCCCCAGCUGACCAGGAGGACUGGGAAGUGGUAUCUAGGCACUCAUCUUGGGGGGAUGUUGGCUUGGGUGGCAGAAUUGAGUCUUCUGGGUUAAAUGUGAGUCAGGGAAUGGACUGUGACAACACUUGUGUAGAAUUGAGAGGUUGGGAAGCAGAUCAGAAGGUCAGGUCUUCGGACUCUCAGCAAGUCAGCAUUGGGUUUCAGGUUCAUUACACUACGAGCACUGGUGCACAAUUCCUUGCAGUGACCGGAGACCACGAGAGUCUUGGGGGAUGGAAGACUUAUAUUCCACUCCACAACCACAAGGAUGGGAUCUGGUCUCAUUCUCUUUUCCUGCCAGCAGAUACAGUGGUGGAGUGGAAGUUUGUGUUAGUGGAGAAUGGGAAAGUUACACGCUGGGAAGAAUGCAGCAACAGACUUCUAGAAACUGGCCAUGAGGAUAAAGUGGUUCACAGAUGGUGGGGGGUUCAUUGAGUUAGUUGGCAGACUACUGGAGAAGUUACACCAGAAUGUGGAGAGGCUACAGUGUGGUGCACACUGAGUAAUUUAAAGUGAGUACAACUCCAAAUUUAGCCAUCAAAGUUGCUAGUGCCUUUAAUCUAAUAGGGAGAUAAAUAUGUAUACAGACAAUGCUCUCAGCAGUGUGGACUUUUUUCCUUGUUGCACUGACUGGUUGGUUUGUGCUGAUAGUCAUGUAUUUUCUUCAGGGCUUGAACCUCUUAGAGAGUGAUCUGGCCAAGCUUCCGGUGGGACUGUGGUCAAGAAGCAUAGAAGCUAAUGGGCUACAACAGGUACAAGCUAGAUGUAAUUAGUAAAGAUCUGCGGCAAUGCCCUGAGACUCCUCCAUAUUUUUGUUUGGUUUUACCUGCUGUGUAGGAAUUAGCAGAUGGCAAGUGCUUCUAUCUUAGUGAUCUA